CUCCAGAGACCUCCAGCUUUUGAACACCACACUGUCUUACCUACUGCCCUUCCACCCCACGCACACAAAGAUAGAGAACCACAGAAGUAAUGUUACCUCUUCGUCUACCCCUGUUGUUCCUAUUGGUCAGUGUGGCCCUGUGCCAGUAUGAUGAUUAUGACUACCAACCUGCUUCCCGGCAUGGGCCCUCAGGGCCUAACUGUCAUCAAGAGUGCGACUGCCCAUUCAACUUCCCGACGGCCAUGUAUUGUGACAGCCGCAAGCUCAAGUUUGUUCCAGUAGUCCCUACAGGAAUCAAGUACCUGUACCUUCAGAACAACCUGAUAGAAGAGAUCAAGGCAGGAGUGUUCGAUAAUGUUACCGAUACCCUUCGCUGGCUGAUACUUGACAACAACCAGAUUACCAAUGCUAAAAUAGAAAAGGGCACAAUCGACAAACUCAGUGCCCUGGAGAAGUUAUUCUUCAGCAACAACAACCUGACAGAGCCAGUCAUCCCUCCCUCAAAGUCCCUUGACGAGCUGAAGAUUAUGCACAACCAGUUGUCCAAGUUCCCUUCUGGACUGUUGAGUGACAAGGAGAACUUGACCUCCGUCAAUGUUCAAAACAAUCAGCUAACCUCUGAUGCCAUUGGGGGGGCAUUUAAAGGGCCAAAGAAAAUGCUGUCCCUGGAUGUGAGCCACAACAAGCUGAAGAAACUGCCAGCUGGAGUGCCCGGUUCACUGGAAAUCCUCUACGCUGACUAUAACGAAAUUGACAUUGUUGGAGCAGGGUACCUUGGCAAGCUUCCCUUGCUGCAGUCCCUGAGGAUCUCGCACAACAAGCUGGUGGACUCCGGAAUCCCUGCAGGAGUGUUCAACGUGACUUCACUGGUGGAGCUGGACCUGUCCUUCAACCAACUGAAGUCCAUCCCUGAGAUCAACGAGAAUCUGGAGCAACUCUACCUCCAGGCCAACAAGAUUGAAAAAUUUGAGCUGACAAGUCUUUGCAAGUAUGUUUCGACUACAAGCUUUUCCCACCUGAAGCAUCUGCGUCUGGACGGUAACAUGGUCACUCACAGCAGCAUGCCCCCUGAAUCCUCCAACUGCCUGCGCGUGGCCUCAGAUGUCAUAUUUGAAUAAGGACCUCCCUCAAAUAUAUGCCCUCUCCAUGACCCCCUCUCCACUACGAUGACACAGAUCAGUCCAAAGGCUUCUGGAUUCAAAUGAUGUAAUAUCUGUAAUGUCAUCUUCAUCAUAUUAAUUAAUAUCUGGAAUUAAUCAAGAGCUGGGCAAAUUUUAAAUACAAUAUAUGGCAAUACAAGCUAUCAACAAUUUCGCAACAUAUCUCACCAAACAUGUAAUAAAACGUUUGGAUUCAUCAAACAUCUAAUGUUCUAAUGAACAUGAAGGUAUAAAAAAUACAAACAAAUGGAAAAAUGUAAGGACCAAAAGUUUUAUGAAUACAAAUGUAUUCAUUUACUUUGAUAAUAAACACACACUUUACACAUUCCAAACUUGAAUUUGGUGAUAUUGAAUACAGACCGAAUGGAGUGAAAAAUGGCUCCAAUGUCUCAAUUCAGUCGUCAACCGUGAUUUUGUUGUCUGUCUUGUGCAUUCCAAUGUUUAGCAUGUAUAAUACAAUGUGAGUACAAUAAUGAAUCCAUUGCUGUGCAAAGGACCAGUAAAUAAAGGACUGCGUUCUCAGAUUCCAAUGUAUAAUGCCUGAUGUAAGAAAUUAUGAGCAAAUGUAAAGAGUAGUUACAUAGACGUAUCAUUUGUAAACAACUUUCAUUGAUCAAAUUGGUUUUAAGAAAAAUGCCAGUGUUUGUUAGUCGUGUCUGCCUUCUUCACAAAUGGUGCAUUGGCUGAAAUACCAUGUUUUCUGAAUGAUUGACUUCUUUGAGCUAUAAAAUAAAACAAAUCGAUAAUCAAACACAACCAAUCCUUAAUGCCCAAGAGAAGAAGAGAAGAAUGAAGGAGACAUGCUUAAAAAACAUUGGUACUAACCUUGAAACUACUUACUCUGCUCAGUUAAACCUUGAGGUGAUACUGUAGGAGGUUUUUCUGGAAAUCAUAAGUCAAAUGUUUCUUAACGUGAACUCAUUUCUAGCUGUCUACUUUUAUGUGCAUUGCUGAUUUGUAUACAUUUGCAUUACCUGCAUGCAACCAAUGGUACCAUUCUUUUAUAAUAAACUACAGCUUUUGCAGUUAAGGCGCUCUCAUUGUUAUGUUGUUGUUCACCAUGUUUAAAAACUCCUUCUUAUCAAUACAACUUGACAGCAGUGUCAUUUGGGUUGAUGUUAUUAGAAUAAUGUUUUUUUUAACGUGAUUUUUUUUGUGGCCUUUGACUUGGUAACCGCUCUUGGAUUUGCUGUUACCAAACAGAGUUCAAUAAACUAUGUUUCCAACAUAUUUGUAUGAUGAAUAAAUGUUGAGCAUGUAUGGAAACAAA